UUUAUUCCUUUUCCUGUAUCUGAUACUUAGAUCUGUUUGUAUGAUCAAUUAAAGUUUGGUAGAAAUUAGCAAAAAAUGGAUUUAAACACUGGAUUUAUAAAAAUGGCUAAUAUGAUAAGUGAGGAUAAAAGGCCUGAUGUACAACCAAUAUUAGAUGCUAUUGUUGAGCGAUUCGCCAAUCUAGAAAUUCUGCAUUGGAAAGACUACCAGUUAUCAUUUUUUGGAGUUCCUGAAUUAGUAGAUUAUGCAUACAACGAAUGGCAGCCGUGGAAAAAUGACAUUAUUGUUGCUUCUUUUGCAAAAACAGGGACCACUUGGUUGCGAGACAUAUGCAGAUAUUUAAUCUAUGAAAAAGACUCUGUUGAGUUUGAAAUGACAAAAUCUUUUCAAGGCCCCCAUGUUUAUUUGGAAUCUGAGAACGUAACUAAGUACGAGCUGUGGGAAAAACUGCCCUGGAAAAGGAGAAUUCUAGCAACACAUAUGAACGCUGGUAUGAUGAACUUAGAAAAACUAAGAUCAAGUGGGGUCAAGAUUAUUUACACCAUUCGUAAUCCUAAAGACCGAUUCGUAUCAAUGUAUAAUAUGAUUUGGAAUCUACCUUACCCGAGAGAGAGUGAAGCUUUUCGUCGAAUAAUGGGAGACUCUUUCAGUGAUUUUGUAACAGCUGAUUUAGAAGGUAGAGGUAUUCAGUUUAACCUGAAAAAAGGUGAAAAUUACUUGGAUCAUAUUCUAUCCUGGUAUCCUCACCGAAAUGAUGAUAAUGUUAUGUUCGUUUGCUACGAAGACAUGAAAAAGGACCCCCAAAAAGAAAUCUUGAAAUUGGCAAAGUUCUUGGAAGUGGAUUUGACCGAGGCAGAAGCUCAAAACGUUGCUGAUCUUACCUCGUUUGAAAUAACAAAGGAGAGAAUGAAAGAUGUUCCCGGUGUACCUUCAUUUUACAAUAAAGGUGCUGUAGGAAAUUGGAAGACUCACUUUACGGUUGCUCUUUCGGAAAGAGUCGACAGAAUGGUGGAAGAGAAAUUGUCUUCAACUGACAUCAAGUUUACUUAUGAACUCUAAAAUAUUUAAAACUGUAUAUAUGAAGUUAAUGUUCAGAUGUAGUAUCUAAAAGGUUACUUAUACAAUUCUUUAUUCAGCUUACAUAUUACACAUCUACUGAUUACUGUAUUGUUAAUAUUAAUCUUAUAUGUACGUAGCAUGUACUAUGAAACAUACAAAAUACAAUAAAAUACUGAAUUAUAUACAA